UCUACCGUUGUUCGAGUCGGGACGAUGGGCUGGCCCAAGAACCCCACGUUUUGCCUAAAAUGGCCCUGGGAUUCUCCUGAAAUGCCCAAAAAGUCCCCAGGCAACUGCGAAUUCGACGUGCCCUGGCUCCUCAAACCCUUCCAGGUACUCGCCGGAAACCUCCCUUCCGACCUCUUCUCCGGCAUCAAGCUCCCCCGUGGAUGGCCGGUAAAUCUUCAUGCGCUCUCUAAACCUGGUCGUAUACUGCCGGAAGUGACGGCCGCGAACGGCCGGAGGGCGCUGACGGAGGCGGAGCAGUGGGAGGCGGAGCAGAGGGCUUUCGCGGCGGCGCUCGCCAGCGGAAAGGAAGCGACGGUGAUCGAGUUCUACUCGCGGAAAUGCCGGCUUUGUAACUCCCUUCUGGAGCUCGUCAUGGAGGUCGAGGCGAAGAACUCGUCGUGGCUCAGCCUUGUCAUGCUAGACGCCGAGAACCCGAAAUGGCUCCCCGAGCUGAUGCAUUAUGAUAUCAAUUAUGUUCCUUGCUUCGUGCUUCUUGAUAAAUAUGGGAAGGCACUAGCGAAGACUGGUGUUCCUCACAGUCGAUUACAUGUCAUUACUGGUCUCCAUCGUCUUCUUCAAAUGAAGCAGCCAUCCACAAAGAUGGGGAAGUAGCCCAUAGUUUGAUUUGAAGACAAAGACUAUCUUUUGUAAGUAAACCUGGCUUAUGCCUGGCAUAAUGGCAUUGGUUCGUGGAAGAUUGUAAGGAAACCUGGCUUAUUAUACGUCCGUACAUGGUGCCACUAGCCCUGGGGAUUAAAGAAGAGUUUUUUGUCUCAGACGUCCUUGUGCACUCCAAAUUAUUUGGUCUUUCGAACAGGUUUGGAACUGUACCCUUGUGUCAGGUUUGGAACUGUACCCUUGUGUACAUUUACUCAAGGUCCCAUGAUGGGAUAUUGAAAGUAAAUUUUUAUUGAAUGUUAUUGUGU